UCACACUUGUUGAUGAUAAUGCAUUGUGAGAUUCUUUUCAUGCCUCGUCCCAACUGCAUUUUUACUCUCUAAUCUCUAUAUCAAGUCACACGGAAAACAUAACAUCCCACAAUUUCAAGAACAUCAUAAACGCGGUUUAGAUGGAGAGAAGAACUAUUAUAACACAGAUUUCUUUAAGAACAUCAUAAUCACGAACUUACAAAGGAAACAAUGCCACAACACAGAUUUCUUUAAGAGGAUUAUGAAGAUCACAUUUAACAUAAUUUCAUUUCAUACCACAAACUCAAGACCACUAUUCAUAGGGUUAUGGUAAAAGCGGGAAACCAAACGUUUUAGAUGGAGACAAGGACCACAAAACUUGUAAGGAAACAAAUAAAAAUAUUCCUAAAGACAGAAAAUGUAACAUAACCUCAUGUUAUUCUUUCCUUAAACCCAAAAAUAGCAUUACAACUCAUCUCUAUAUUUAACCCCAUCAAGAUUUUUCUAUCCAUUUGUUUAAACAUUUGUAAAUACUCUAAACACCAAAGAGGCCUUAUAGCCACAGUUGCAGGCCUCGUCUGCUCCAUUUCUAACAUGUAAAAAAAACAUAUUAGGAAAAUUAGAAGAAAACAAAAUUGAAAACUAGAUUUGUGUAAGAAGAAAUGACGGUUGAUGGUGACAAGAAAAAGAAAUGCCUCAUCGCCGGUAGUGUCUCAGGUUUGCUAGUCAUCAUGGUUGUCUCUGUAGCUGUCGUAACAUCUAAACACACUCCCAAUGAAAACCAAAUCCGGACAACCACCAAAGCCGUUAGAGCAGUUUGUGCACCUACUGACUUCAAGGAAGCCUGCGUCAAAAGCUUAAUGGACGCCUCUCCCAAUUCAACCGAGCCUCUUGAACUCAUCAAGCUCAGCUUCAACGCAACUAUCAAGUCCAUCAACGACAACCUCAAGAAAGCCUCUGAAGAUGUUAAACCCAAGGCUGACAAAGACCCAGGAGCCAAAGGCGCUUUCCAGCUCUGUGAGAGGCUAAUGAUCGACGCUAUUGAUGAUCUGAAAAAGUGUGUUGACCGUGAGUUCUCAGUUACUCAGAUUGAAAUCUUUGUUGAGGAUCUUAGGGUUUGGCUAAGUGGCUCCAUUGCUUUCCAGCAAACAUGUAUUGAUACAUUCGAGGAGAUUAAGUCUAAUCUUAAGCGUGACAUGCUCAACAUCUUCAAAUCAUCAAGAGAGCUUAGUAGCAAUAGCCUUGCCAUGACUACUGAUCUUCCCACCAUUCUCCCAAAUUCCAACAUCACAGGACUAACCGGAGCUCUUGCAAAGUACGCGAGAAAGCUUUUGUAUACAGAAGAUGGUAUACCAACAUGGGUUGGACCACAUGCACGGAGGCUCAUGCAAGCAGAACCAAAACCAAAAGGAGGAGGACCACCAGUGAAGGCUAAUGUUGCAGUGGCUCAAGACGGAAGUGGCCAUUUCAAGACCAUCACCGACGCAUUAAAAGUUGUUCCUAAAAAUAACAGAAUGCCAUUCAUCAUCCACAUCAAAGAAGGUAUAUACAAGGAGAGAGUCAAGGUCACGAAGAAAAUGGCGUACGUCACUUUCAUCGGUGAUGGACCAAACAAGACCAAAAUCACCGGCAACCUCAAUUUCGGUAUUGGAAAAGUCAAGACGUUCCUAACAUCCACCCUCACAAUCGAAGGCGAGCACUUCACAGCGAAAAACAUCGGGAUCGAGAACACGGCUGGACGAAAGGGAGGACAAGCGGUGGCGUUGAGAGUCUCGGCGGACUACGCAGUGUUCUACAGCUGUCAAAUCGACGGUUACCAAGACACCUUAUACGUCCACUCUCAGCGACAAUUCUACCGUGACUGCACAGUCUCCGGGACAGUAGAUUUCAUCUUCGGAGACGCUAAAUGCAUACUCCAGAACUGUAACAUCGUCGUCCGGAAACCUAAGAGAGGCCAGUCGUGUAUGGUCACCGCUCAGGGACGGAGCGACGUCCGUGAAUCUACGGGUUUAGUGCUACAUAACUGUCAUAUAAUGGGAGACCCGGCGUAUAUUCGGGUGAAGUCUGUGAACAAAGCGUAUCUAGGAAGACCGUGGAAGGAGUUCUCGAGGACUAUCAUCAUGAAGACGACGAUCGAUGACGUGAUCGAUCCCGCGGGAUGGCUACCGUGGAAGGGUGACUUCGCGCUCAAGACGUUGUACUACGCUGAGCAUUUGAAUGCUGGGCCUGGAUCGAAUGAGGCCCUUAGAGUUAAAUGGCCCGGUAUUAAGAAGCUAAGCCCUGAAGAGGCUUUGUUAUAUACUGGGGGUAGGUUCUUAGUAGGUGAUACGUGGAUUCCACAAACACAAGUUCCGUACUCUGCGAACAUGUAGUAGGAGAUUGUAUUUGAUUUUGUUUUAAAAUUGUUCUUGUAAAAUUGUCUGAAGGAUGAUUAUUUGUAGCUCAUUAGUCAUUUCAUCGUGAGUUUUGCAUCUCGUGAGUAACAUAGUUAUGCUAAGUGAAUUGUGAAUAGACAUAACCAAACAAUGGAAACUUUUGGAUUCGAAUAUAAAGCCGCUUCCUAAAUAAUCUAUUGCAUGUUUAAAUGCCCAACAUUCUCGUUGGAACGUGAACUAGGAACCUAACCAAACUUACAUGCAAAAAUUUACACUUUUUUCUAUUUUAUGUGUGGCCAACCGUUACACUUUUUCGAGCAUCCAUGGGAAAAAAAUCAAUCUUGUUGGUGAAAAGAUAUUUUACACAACCACGAAACCUCAACAGCUUCAUUAUCAAUCGGACACUUGAUCUCUCUCUUACGUAAGUACUUCUCAUACGACAAAUCAGAUCACCAACAAAAUCUGAUUCUCAAAUGACAUCUAUCGAUUUCAUGUCGUGUAUAUGUACGCAAUUUAGGGGAAAAUGUAUAUAUCUCUUGCAGCUUAUGAGGCAUUAACAGAUAUGAAGUCAUGAUUGUUGAUUAAUGUCUAAAUAAUGCAUGUUUUAAUACUUCCUAUGUGAAAACUUACUCGAUAUCUCAUUUAUGAAUACAUUUUUAUUAUGAUUUGAAUAUAUGUCUAAGAAUAUGAAUUUCAUUUACGAUUUUUAUUGUCUUGUUACUAAAAAAAAAAUGGAUUUGAUUAAAUUUCGUCAAGUUUGUAGCAGAAAGAUCACACAAUUUUAUUAAGAAAUGCGAGCAGAUCCAACGGUCAAAUCCUUUUUAGUUAAAAUUUAUAUCCAGGAAAAGAAUAGAAUUUGAAAAAAAUAAUAUGUUACUCCAUAUAAGAGCAAAACAAAUAAAUCAGUUAUCGAAAACAAUUAUUAUUGA